GGCGGAGCAAAGUCCUGUCUGGCCAUCGCCUUUAAAUACGCGGCGUCGAGACUGGCUGUGGGACCCACCGGAAAGUCGGACAUGCCUAUUCUGUCACUGGAACUACAACAGAAUGCUCUCUUUCCUCUCCUCGCCAGGACCUAUGCCAUAAACUUUGGCCUUGAUCAUGUCAAGGACGAGUUUUCCAAAAGUUCCCUACAGGUUGGUUAUACAUCUGAAAAGUAA